AUGCCCACGAAGAAAAAGAACCGGCUGGCCGGAGUACGACAGGCGCCGGUAGAUCAACAAAGUGCAGCCGCAGUGGCCGCCGUUCCCGGAGGAUACCAGUUUGAGGCUUUUCCCGCUCCGGCACCCAUUCAAAACACGGCUGGAAACGUCGUCCAGGAGCGUCAAAUUGACGUGGACUCGGAGACCGAUUCCAACCACGAUACCGCGUUGCCGCAGGCCUGUGCCGGUGGUAACGAAGAACUGGUGGAGUUGCUUAUCAGUCGCGGUACCAACAUCGAACACAAGGACAAGAAGGGUUUUACGCCGUUGAUCUUGGCCGCAACCGCAGGUCACGAGAAGGUGGUCGUCGAAACGCUGCUCCGACAUGGGGCGAAAAUGGAUCUCGACCUGGAAAAAAGCCGCGAAGAAAGUCGCAAAGCAUCGAAGGCGAAGUCAAACCGCCAACCGGACGACGACUCGGUCGAAGAAAUUGUCAACGUUCGACUGCCACAGACUAGCGGAAGAGGCAACUCAACCACCCCCGCAACAAACAAUCGCAUUCAUCCGAGAGAACCUCCACCAACAGCUUCAAUCGUCGUCCAGCAGCAGCAGGACAAAGAGGAAUUUGGAGAGUCCGGCAUCGACGCCAACAGCCAGGGCUCGUGCUCGAGCUCGGACGUCAAGUCCGCCAGCAGCCUGAUCGAGCAAAAGCGAAAGAACAACAAAAAGCGCAAACAACAACUCCAGCAAGCUCACCAACAACAACAACAAUCGCACGUCAGCUCGGCCGUCACGGCCAAGCAACUCCAGCAGCAGCAGUACGCGUGCGGACGCACGAUCAGGGCUGCCAGUGUCCACCUGAGGCAAGUGUUUUCGCGCCCGGUGUUGCUUCAAGGUCACAUCCGAACGCACACAGGUUAGAAGCCCCACCCUUUGCCCUCAAGUCCUACCAGUACAAGCACAAGGACUAGUCCUGUAUGAAGAAAUACCUCCGGAAAGCACCGGGUAAAAGCUAACAGGACAUUCGUUCAAGAAUGGCGCCGGAAGAUCGAAAAGGACCAGCACGGAUCAUCAUCGUUUUCGUCUUCCUUAACAUCUUUAUCCAGCAGUGAUGGCCAUUCCUUCCCGGGAUCAUAGAGGUCGACCGAAAAGCGUGCAUUUCUCGUUUGUGCACCCCGCCCCGACCAAAACCAAACUGCAAAAUCUGCUUAAGAAGCGACCUCGCCGUCUCCGCCAUCAGCAAGAGCCACCCACUUCCGCUCCGUACAUCAAGAAGUGGAAUUGGCAUCUCGGAGCACGUGAAGUGGACCUGGCCGUGGGUUAACGCUAGCGAAACUUCAAGCGCACAUGAAGCAGCAC